AUGGAGAAGCUAGAGGAGGCCCGCCGUGAAGAAUACCUAGAAUUUAUGGCGAAGGGACUGAACAAGGCGCUUGAUUUAGAUCGCCGUCGGUCCGCAUCUCCGCGGGACCGUCAAGAUCCCCCCCACGAGAGAUCACCGCGCCACCCCCCUCAAGAAGAGCCCCGAUACCCCCCUACUACCAACAGGCGCCCGGUCGAGGUACCUCCCGGGUUGCUACCUCCUACGGACCCCGUGGACAAGAAUUUCGGGGUCCGGAAUACCAAAAAUGGCCCGGUGGACAAUCCUCACGGGCCCCCGGCCGACAUGAUUCCCGCGCGGCCGAGCUCACUCAACGGGGCCUGCCCCUUAAUACACCCUCAGGCCCCUCCCGCCGUGGACUCGAUACGUCACGGUGGAACACUCAAGCCCCUCCUAGGAGCAGGCGGGCCGUAA